AUGCUUAGCGUCUCCGUUGCCAGACGAUUCUGUGCAGUUUGUGGAAAUACGGAUCCAUCCCAGCAAAUUCAAAGCCACCGUGGUGGCGAGAACCGCUGGGGCAAGCUGGAUGAGGAAUACCCUCCAGUCUACACAACUGCCACGGGAGCCCUGAAAAUGAACGGCAUCAGUUCGCUCUGGCUGGGCGCAGCACUAUAUGUCAGACUCGCUCAGUUUCAAGAUGCAAGACUGGGUCCAGAUGAUCAGGAAGGGCCGCCCAAGGACGUGAAGCACGGGCCCGUGCUGGACGACUGCCUCUUCCGGAAGUGCUUGUUGUGUAGCGUUAUUCGAAGCUUGGAGACGGCGUGGAGCUUGUGCUGUAUCCGGGGGAGAGCGGUGUUGUCGCUUUGGUCUUCAAGCGAUGCAGAUGAUGGGCCGGGCGCCGGAGGCGUAUAA